AUGUAUUACCACAUUCCUCCAUUCUUAAUGUUCGAUGUUAUUGGCGCCGAAGUUAAUAAUUUGCAUAAAUUUCUUGAUAAUGCGGGAUAUCAAUUCUACCAGCGCAAACACCAUAUGACAAACCACGAUAAGCCGAAUUGCUCAACUGAACUCAAUCGGAAGGAGUCUAGUGUUCACAUAUCAGAUGGACAGUCAUCGGUACGAGCAAAAUCCGAAAAAACGGAUUUGGUGCCUCCAGUUGAUCUGUGGGAAAGUGAUACAAGUUAUGAAUUAAACGUUAUUAUACCUGGCGUCAAGGAUAAAGAGAGCAUUGAGGUGGAGUAUCAUGAUGAAAAGAGGAAUAGGGUCGUAAUCUCCGGUGAAAUACCAUCUAGUCAUGAUGGAGCAGCUGGAAGCAAAAUUAGAAUUCAAGAGAGUGCUUCUGGCAGAUUUAAGCGGGAAAUCUUGUUUCCAGAGAAGCCGGGUGUGGAUGCUGAUAAUAUCAGAGCCAAAUAUUUGAACGGUAUUCUGCAUUUGAAUAUCCCAAAAUUAGCAGCUGUCGAACCAGAGGAUCAAGUUCGCAAAAUUGAAGUUAUUUCACUGGAUUGA